ACCAGCACAGUCACAGCGGAGAACACGCACAGGGAAGAGCUGCAGUCUGUCAAGCUUUACUGGCAUUAUUAGAACCUGAAACACUCUGAAUAUCAGUCUGACGCUGUCGAAUAUGGAGGCACGUGACAAUGUGAAGACGUUACUAGAUCAUGCUACAACUCUGAAGCUACACACGGGCAACCUGGUGCACCGCGGUCGGCUAAAAAAGAAAUGCCCCUCUUCGCCUGGUGAGGAGCUUCAAGAUUGUGUCAGAUCAACACUUGGUGAGUGGUUUGCAGUGUUACCUUCAACACUCGAACCAGAACUGCCCAGCGUUCUGGAUUGUACAAUUCCAGACAAUACAGAGGCCAUCACGCCAGAGGAAAGAGAGGAACUAAGGCUUUCUGUUAAACUGUUCCUUAAUGAGUCUGACUGCACGUCCAUCAAAAAUGCAGUGGAUUUGGCAUGUGUGUCGUUGGGUGUAUCACAGCUGGAUUCAGUGAUCAUCGCUCCUCCUCCGUUGCCUGAGGAUGAGACUCUCACCCUGGCUCACCUGCAGCCACUGUGGGUAGAGCUGGAAAAAAAUGUUCAGAGUCAGAAGGUUGUUUCUAUCGGUACGUCAGACCUGGACAAAGCUCUGCUUGAACAACUAUACAGCUGGGCACAGGUCAAACCCAGCAGUAAUCAGGUGAACCUGGCGUCCUGCUGUGUGAUGCCUCCAGACCUCACUGCAUUUGCUAAAGAAUUUGACAUUCAGCUUUGGACACACAAUGAUUCCAAAGAGCUGAUGAGUUCAGCCGGCUUUCAGAAGGCACUGCAGGAGAGCAGUAAGGAGCUGCAGGUGGCAGACUGGAGGCUGGAGUGGGUACUACGUUACUCCAUAAUUGUCAAAAGCCGAGGAAUCAUCAGAGCCAAAGGAUACCUGGUUCAUGCAAAGAAAAGCACCAAAUAGCAUCGUCUAAUUUAUGAAAUUUACAGAAUGCAUAGAAUGUAGUUUUUAAUGAAAUAAUCACUCACUGAGUACUUUACAGUACACCUAUCAGUCAUGUACAUUCAUAAUGCUGCCCCUGAUAUACAUAUACCAAAACAACACACACACACACAGCCAUGUCAUUACCAUGUUAUUGUCAAUGCAGUGCUGAGCAGGGUCCACCACCCAAACAUUGUGGUGUACCUUAAAAACAAUCAAUGAAUGUAGGUACCAGAUAGGUGUACCUAAUAAAGUGCUUGGUGAGGGUUUUAGUUGCAUAAUUGGCUUCAGUAAUAAAAGCUGGAAGUCUUCUGUAAAACAUUUUUAAAGCAACCGACUGCUUGGAUGUGAAGUGUGUCCAACCCUUGAAUCAUACUCCAUUGUGGCCUCUGCUAUGUUAUUGAUUUUACAUAUUGUAAAUAACUCAUGGGUUGACAUUCAAUGCUCAGAUGUGUUUAAGUGCCUUUGUCUGUCUGAUUUGGUCAGUAAAUUCUUAAGUUUUAUUUUAUAAUCUGUUAAAAGGCAAUAAUGAAACAGAAACACUGUAGGGAUGUUACAGAGAUUUAGAUGUAUGUAUUUUAAAUCAAGGAAGAAUGAAUUUUGGGUUAUUUAAAUAUUUUAAUGAGGGGAAGAAUUGUAAAUGCUCCAGGAAGUAUAUAAUUUUACUGUAGGGUGAAGAAAAGUUAAUGCAGUAAGGCUGUUCUCAGAGGUAGGCUGAUAAAGCUUAGUAAGAAUGAAUUGCAUUGUUUUAGUGACCACGUUAUAUGUUCAUCUUUUUCCAUAUUUAAAUAAUUCAACCCUGCUGGUGCUUUGUGUCAUGUAUGCUGCAUAAUGCUAUGCUAAAAAUAGCUGAUGUGAUUCAUUUUAUUCAGAUUUUAACAUAUGUACAUGAUGUGAAAAUCAGUUUUUCAAAUGUGUUGUACUUAUGUUUAUUUAUUUAGAAUUGCUACACCAAGGUCCAGAGUUAGUAGUGUACAUUUGAUCCCCCCCAAAUGUUUCAAGUUGUCUUAUUUUUAAUUGGGUUCGUAAAUACAAAAGUUUAAGCUGGUUUAUGUGAUUUCCUGUAUUAUGUGAAAUGUGCACUGUAAAAACUUUGCAUUGUGAAUUCAAAGUCGAAAGUUUACCAGACAGUUUUUGGGUUUUUAAUGAUUUCUGCAACUAUUUUCUGGAUGAUUGGAACACCUAUUUCUUUAUCCCCAUAAAAUAAAAAAGGAACUUAAGUUCUUCUAUACACUUAUUGUGGUUUUCCUGAUUGUGUAUUGGGUCGAAAAUGUAUAUGGAGCCACUUAAAUGAUGUCGGUAGUGUUAGGUUUUUUUUUUGGUUUUUUUUUUUUAAAUGAAGGGCAGUGGUAGCUCAGUGGUUAAGGUAUUGGACCAGUAAUCUGAAGGUUGCCGGUUCAAGCCCCACCACUGCCAAAUUGCCACUGUUGGGCCCCUGAGCAAGGCCCUUAACCCUCAAUUGGGAUCAGUCAUAAUUCAGUCAUUGUAAGUCACUUUGGAUAAAAGCAUCUGCACCUAAAUAAAACAUUUUGAUUUAUUUCACCGUCUCUCUGUUGACAUUGCAGUUUUACAAAAUCCUAGCGAGGUGGCUAGUUAUCUUAGGAUAACUGUAUUUACAUUUUCAGCAUUUAGCAGAUGCCUUUAUCCAAAGCGACUUACAGAACUGUGACAGUAUACAGCCUGAGCAACUGAGGCCCAACAGCAGAAACCUGGCAGUAGUGGGGCUUGAACCAGCAUCCUUCUGAUUACUAGUCCAGUACUUUAACCACUAGGCUACGGCUUGCCCUAGCCUACUGUAUCCAUUCUUUUUCACAAAUUGAAACUAUGUCUAAAAAGCUUCCAACGAUGACUGUGCAUCAGGGUCUAUGGCAUGGGUGACUUGCAUGUGUGAGAUGGUAUUAUUGUUACUGGUUAAGAGGUUGUCACAGUGGCUCAAUGGGUAGCACUGUUGCCUCUCAGCAAGAAGGUCCUGGGUUUGAUUCCCAGGUAGAGCGGUCUGGAUUCUUUCUGUGUGGAGUUUGCAUGUUCUCCCCAUGUCUGGGUGGGUUUCCUCUGGGAGCUCUGGUUUCCGGUCCAAAGACAUGCAAGUGAGGUGAAUUGGAGAUUCAAAUUUGUUUAUGACCGUGUUUGAAUCUUGUGUAAUGAGUAACUACCUGUUCUGUCAUGAAUGUAACCAAAGUGUGUAAAAACAUGAUGUUAAAAUCUUAAUAAAUAAACUAAAUUAA